CAAUGAACGACUCGCACUUUUCCGCUGCCUCCCAGUCUGGUCCCCAGCGCUUGAAUGAUUUCCUUCCAUGUGCGCACUAAGCCGUUACAGUCAUGACGACCGAAAAAAGGUCGAGCAAUAUUUUCAACAUGUUCUCAGCAAGCGAAGAACGAAGAAGGUCCAGUGCCGUCAGGCGGCAGUCACGGAAUGUCCAAAGAAAGGAGAUCGAUAAAAACUGGGGCAUUGCAGCAGCGGCAGCUAUCGCAUCCUUCUUCAACAUGGCGACGCAGAUAAACUCAGGCUUCUACUUCGUGGCAAUCAUGGACACUUUCGCCGUCGACUUCACGGAUGCUUCCUGGCCAGGGAGCGUCUUCACAAUAAUGAUAUACUCAGGAAGUUUCGUCGUGGUACUUCUCCAAAAGUACCUCACCGUGCACCAGAUAACCCUUUUCGGCAGCCUCUUGCUCUGGGUGCCGUUGAUUGGUGCAGCCUUCGCUCCCAACAUCACGUGCAUGACACUUACCCUCGGUGCUCUGCAUGGAGCGGGCGCUGGGAUUGUCCUGGUGAGCCUGAUGGUUGUCCUGGGAAUGCACUUUGACAAGUACCUGGGAGCAGCCAGCGGUGUGCGGGACGCAGGAACCACAAUCUGCGCCUUCGUGUUUCCCUCGCUGCUCUCCUUUCUGAGUGAGAAAUACGGCCUUCGUGGAACCCUCUUCAUUUACAGCGCUUUGGCCAUGCACGUCAUGGCCGUAGCAUUUUGGCUUUGGAUGCGAGCAGGAGUCGAAAAAAAGAAUGAAGCCUAUCGAAGGGCAUCGUGCAAGAUUGCUGCUCGCCAAUCAUAUAUUUCACAGUGGACUGUCGCUGCUCAUCGAGUGGACUCCGCUCCUUCUACGUGUGACACUCAUCACGACAAAAGUGUUAAAGCUCAAAAGCACAGUUUCGGACAAGCAAUUCUACCACCCUACACGCUGCCACCGUCAAUUCCUGAAGACAUAGAGGCUGAAGAAGAACCAAUGCCUUUCCUUGAAAAGUUUUCUAUCCUGAAGGUGCCAAGCUUUUACGUCGUCGCUAUCGGCGCGGUGGUCGAGAUCUACGGCUACAACGUCUUCCUAGAGACGAUCGACAGUUACGCAGUUGACAAGGGGGCUCCCCAGUCCGACGCCGACAUGGCGGUUACGUACGCCACCGUGCUGGAAAUCAUUGGCUACGUCGCACUUCCCCUCAUAGCCGAUAUGGGUUUCAUCGGCCGCCCCACCAUGGCAGCCGCGUGCUUUGUGCUCAUGGCGCUCUUCUACGGUAUGGUGCCGCACGCCGGGUGGUCUGUGCCGUACUUGGCCGUUGACGCUAUCCUCGUGAUGUUCGUAGCCACGAUGAGCUCGCUGCGCUGCUCGAUAAUGACGGAGUUUUUCGGUGCCGACCAAGUUCCGGUGUGCAUGGCAGCGUCUGGCUUGCUUCUUAUCCCUGUGCAACUGUGCAGCCCAUCAAUAAUUGGGUACUUCCGUGAUGAUCUGGGCUCGUACGAUGGCAUGUACCAGCUCCUAGCAGCACUCAGUCUCCUAGCGGCCCUGCUGUACGUACCGCUAGCCAUACACGAGUCUUGCAAGAAAGAAACGGCCGACGACGAGACGCCUCAAAAGGAAAUCGAGUCGACAAGAAUGUAGUGCACGCAGCCGGAACAAAAGAAAAGCAAAGCGCGAUGCUUUGCGGGACCGCGACAAAGGCACAUUCUCCAGCGUUGAAGUUCCCUGGAAAAAUGGCCGGCACGCCUAGUGACGCUUGAGUCAUCGCGUGCUUCUUCGAAGUGCGCGUGUGGCAGACUUAUAUGCAUCAAGUACUACUCUAACACAAGGUUGCUAAUUAAUUGCGGAUGUGCACGAGCAAACUACAACAGUGUAUAAGAGUGCUAAUUAUGUUUGUUGUGGUAGUUUACUAGGCGCAUCGUAAUUGUAAUUCAUUCACGAUUCACGCACAUGCUCCAACUUAUGUGCAUAGCCGCGUUGACUGCAGACGAGCAUUCAUGGUGGCACGACCAAGUAGUUAUGCUGGGAGCCUAAUGUGUGCCUUUCUUUUCUUUUUUUUCUUUUUUUCACAUCGCUUCCCGUUCUAUAAUGUUGACUUCCUGCGCACACUGCCUGCCACGGAGAAACUAAGUUAAGUCAUGGUGUUUUACGAGCCAAAACCACGAUCUGAUUAUGAGGCACGCCGUAGUGGGGGACUCCGGAAUAACUUGGACCGCCUAGGGUUCUUUAACGUGCACCUAAAUCUAAGUACACGGGUGUUUUCGCAUUUCGCCCCCAUCGAAAUGCGGCCGCCGUGGCCGCGAUUCGAUCCCGUGACCUCGUGCUCAGCAGCCCAACACCAUAGCCGCUGGGCAACCAAGGCGGGUCACGGAGAAAUUAAACAUGCUCACUGCGUUUUUCAUGGACGUGUGGGUACAACCGAAAGUGCCUUACAUUUUUAGGCUGUACCGUAUUUUCGCCUUCAAUUCGCAUGACUAGAUGGCACCGCUCUGUAAGUACUCGGCUUUCUCUCAAAGCAUAUUACCUAAAAACUUGGACCUCCUCUCCGUGCUUGACGUUAUACCAUCAGCUCCGCAACACGUCAAUUUUUAUGCUAAUGGCUCACAUAGCCGAAUGCAUACCCGCCGCGGUGGCUCAGCUAGCUAUGGCGGUGCGCUGUUGAGCACGAGGCCGCGGGAUCGAAUCCCGGCCGCGGCGGCCGCAUUUCUAUGGAGGCUAAAUGCAAAAACGGCGUGUGCUUGCGUUGUAGUGGACGGUAAAGAACCCCAGGUGGUCAAAAUUAAUCCGGAGCCAUCCGCUACGGCAUGCCUCCUAAUCAGAACUAGUCUUGGCACGUAAAAACCCCGAAAGAAGAACAUAGCCGAAUGUGACUCAUGGAGACAAGAGCAGGCCAUUUUCAUUAUAACAUUACGGUAGCUGAGGGUGUGCAAUAUUAUAGGAUAGCAACAGCGCGAAAAGCAUGCAGGAGGGGAAAAAAUUAGGAGACAGCGUUGCCCCUCACGAUUGAAGCCUAAUUUGCCGACUCAACACGUGAUUACCACGUCGGAGCGUACGGUAGGUUCUAAUGCUCCUGCUUUUCAUGCAAGGCAGCCGAAUUAUGGUCCUGCGGGAAGGAAAAGGUUAGGAGGGAGUAUCGCGCAAUGCGAUGGAAGCUAAGCAUGUCGGCACAACACGUGAGAAUCACGUCUGAACGCGUGGUAAAUGUUCGGGCUCCAGCUCUACAUGCAGCGCUGCGGCGGGGCCGCCGAACGAGUACGCAUUGAUUAAAAAGCAACCGAGCUCCAAACGGCUCCGCAAAUCUCGAUUCUUGCUUCGCGAUCUCGACCAAGAGGUCACGUGUUGGGCCGACACUGAGCAAAGGGCUGGCGUCGCGGAGCGUUCGCUUGGCAAGGCUGGCUGCGUGACGUCAUGCUCUCUCCUAACGUUUUAUUCCUGUAUGGUUAUGGUCGAACAAGUGCCACGUUGAUUAAAUACUACCGCGAAUCAAGCAUUCCCGGCCAAUACACUGUCCCUCAGAGGACAUGUGUUGAACUGAUAAUGCGAGGGAAAGAGCAAAUGGGAUGACUUCCCUUAGAGCUCGCUUGCCAAGGCUGGCUCCACUGACGCAAUGUUUUCUAUACUAGUUGCUUUCCUUCCUGUAUGGCGUAGAGUGCCCCGGAGUGCAGCGCCACUUUGAUUAGGACCGAACAUGCGGAGUCAUCUAGCCAGUGCUGCAGGCUGCCGGUCGGCACCUAUGGGCCGUGUCCUUCACACGAUACAAUAUGUACUGCGAGCCUCGAUUGGAAAUUAGUAUGGGCGCAACGCUACUGUGGUUACGCAAGUCUUCUUGAAGAGUAGUGAACUGGGCGACUGCAAAGCAACUGCCUUAGACUGCAAAGCAAAGUAAUGCUCUUGCAUGUUUAUAUGCGUCUUUUCUGUGUAAUGAAGCCCAUAAGUGCAGUGGAAGUCAACCAACUGUAGUUGGCGCUCACCACAACUCCUUACUUUAACUUCUUGUGAGUUAACACUACGUAUUACAUUCCACGUCCUAAAUUGGUGUAGUUGCGAAGUUAAGUUGUAGCUAGAAUGCUUUUCUUAAGGCUUCCUACCACUCUACUUUACCUAAGUCUUCGCAUGACCUUCACUUAGGAAUUAGUUUGGCAGCAUUGCAGAUGUUAGGUUUUGUAGCUCGUUAAACGUUAAUAAAUGUCAGUGUUCAUCUUGCCAAAUGUAACGUAUGGAAAUGGUCACUACAAUAAAGCCAUCAGGCCCAUGUUCACGUUCGUCACUGCCCCCUUAACGACGUUCCUCUUAACUCAACUUACAAGAGCUGCUUCAGUUUAAUGCCGCCUCACAGCGAUGAAUAUGCCAAAUCAGGGCUUACCUAAGGCAUUUUAUUGUCAUAGCAAUAAUAAGAACGCUCCAGGUGUAUUAGAGCCAUCGGCGCUGCUGCCGUCGCUGACGCGCUGUUGCGCUCUCGAAAGCGUAUGCGUUUCUCGUAUGUGGGGGGUUAGCGCGUAGCUCUAUGGUUAGCGCCGCCCUAGAGACGCAGAGUGCGUUUUGCUGCAACAACUACGAAGCAUGGCGGACGCAGCAAUAACGCUCCUCUUAGGAGCCAGGUCAGCGCCAGGCCUUCCGCUGCCACGGACCGCGCUAGAAUGCUAUAGCGCUUUGCUAACGUUCCAGUGCGGCCACACCACUGUUGACUGGAGCGUUGUGCCCACUCACGCUAUAAGGAUACUAUACUGAAUCACAACCUAAGAAUUCAGUACAUCUUCUGCGGCUUGCCACGCCUCAUCCCCGAGCCAGCGAAUGGUGACUGCCAUUUGCCAGCUUGUUCUUUGGAACCGCCGGCCCAGCGGCAACAUGGCAUGCAUGGCAAGCGUUGGACCUGCGCAAAACUUGCUUCUCCCUCCCGGCGCGGAGUCAAAUACGCGAGCAGAAGUCAUCGGGAGGCACACUGUUUGCGCUCCCCGUGACAGCGACAGAGCGCCUUCUCUACCGAUAAGAGUUUCCCAACUAUUACUUAUUUUCCUCCCCAUGCCAUCCUUAGUGCAGUAUGGUUGAGGUGUCCUGCUUUCGAGAAGCAGUUACUGCACUGCACAAACUUUUUUCAUAUCAAAUUCCCAUCAAGAAACAGAAUCUCUAAUCGCCACAACAGAUGCUCACAGGUCCGCUACGAGUUGGUUACUUGAAACCUUUGCUCCCGCGACUUCUCGUGCACGGUGGAUCGCGACCCGGCUAGCUAGCCUAACGUAGCGGGCGCGCGUAUUCAAUGGAUCUUCCGGUGAGCCUUUGCCCGCAAGGCUGCCAUUCUGUGUUGGGCCUUAGGUUAAUAAACGCGUGUAUAUUGGCGAUCUGGCUGCGGAGCCUUCUCUACGCCGUAUCGUAGAGUCAUCGAACCAUGCCGAAUUGUCCUUGGUCACUCGACCACAGUUCAAAACGAACAGUGGUUGUACAUUUUUCCGUGUUUCAGUAAAUGAUCAGUUAUAGUCUGUACUUAAGUUGUCGCUUCAUUACUUAUCUCUCUCUCUUAGCUCGCUUCAAAACUGACAUCUGAUGGUUCUGCCGUAGCCCGGGACGUGUAAAAGUAAGCCUCGCACAAUCCCUGACGAUAUCGGGCAUGACUUCAUGCACAAUCGGGAUUUAAACUUGCCAAAACUUUGAUCUUACUAGCCAUAAUAUGCUUGAUGGCGAAACUAACCGAACAUGAGAAUCAAGGAAGCACUAACGAUACUAAAACAGACUGAAACAUUGCCACAAUCUCGAUCAGGCCCUUGUCAGUGUCCAUGAAAUUCCAACGAAUCUAGAACCUGCCUGUACUAGAAAAGAUGCACACAGCUAAGAUCUCUGUUGCAUAACUGCGAGAUUCGUGCAAUAUAUUCGUACAAGAGGUAGGUGAGUAAUCUAAAUGAGUCAUACAUACGUCUGUUUCGUUAAUGUGAGCUGAAUUAAAUAAAACAUGUGGCAUUUAUAUGGCAACACGUGUAUGGUGAAUAAGAAGCAUAGCUCCUCAAUGGAGUUUCGUGGCUGUCAUUAUGAUGUUUGCAUAUGAAUCCCGCUUCUUGCUUGUCAAUGAGCGAUGAUGAAAGUAUUCAUCCUGAACAUCCAACCAUCGAUGUGUGGCUUGCACAAUGCAGCUGUUUCUUCCGAACGGCUAUUCUAAACGCAGCGUAUCACAUCAUUACGGCUACCGCGCCAUUGCGUAAAAGUUCUUUAUUGUCCGUUUCUGAGUAUUGUACUUUUUGAAAGUGCAUUGAUAUCAUUCUUUGUUGUUCAGUGCAGUUACGAGUGAAAUAAUCAUUCAUAAAUCCUUAUCAGCGUUUUGUAAAAGACGCGCUCGUAAACA